UAUGGUGGAAAACAAAACAUUUUUUUCUUAAUUUUCAUUUUCAAGGUGAAAUAAGUCACAAAUUUCAUACAUUAUUAGGUGAUUGAUACAUAAAAGAACUAGUAUCACAGAAAGUGCAAAUGGUGAGUGAAGUUGAAUCCAGCGAUACCGACCAAUGGCCUGCGAGUCAGGCGUCGGAACCCGGAACCGAAUCACAAGCAUUCCCCACCGAUGGCACUUCAGCAAAACCAGAUCGACCGGAACACAGCACAGUGGAUGAUGAAGCAAAAGGCUCCACACCGAAACAGCCAUUUAUUUGUACAGAAUGUGGACUAACAUUCCGCAAGCAGGACGAUUUCGAUCGGCAUCGGUUUGCCCACACCGGAGUGCGAGAAUACCGCUGCCCGGAACCGGACUGCGCCAAAGAAUACACCAACCGAGCUCAUCUGAAUCGUCACAUCCGGUCCAAUCACACGUCCAAACCACCGGAAGCGACUCCCAACGUCAUCCGCUGCAAACAUACCUCCUGUGUGAAAACAUUCUCCACGGACCAGAGCAUGCGCCGGCACUACGACCUGAAGCACGUGCUGGGAAAAUCUUGGACCUGCCAGGAAUGUGGCGAACGGUUCUGGCGCAAGCUUCAACUGAAGCAUCAUUCCUUCCGACAUACGGGCCAAUAUCCGCACCAAUGCGACCACUGUGACAAGGGAUUCAUGAAUCUGAAAUCUCUUCGCAACCAUCGGACAACGCACGCCAUACACAAGUGCGACUCCUGUACGGCGGAGUUCACCCGCUGGACCGAUCUGGUUGCUCACCGAAAGCUGCAGCACGCAACCAUAUAUCAGUGCGAUAUCUGCCAGAGUAAGUUCCGGUCCAAGAAAAACCUGAAAGCUCACAUUCAAGUGCACCAAAAGUACAAGGAAGGCGACGAGCAGGAAGUUUUCCAGUGUCCCUACGAGGGAUGUCCCAAGUUCUACGACUACGAGCGCAAUCUAAUUGCUCACGUCCGAGCCAAGCACGAAGGUGCUCGGAAGUUUGUCUGCCCCGUUGCGGACUGUGGCCGAGCUCUGUCCACCCAGCAGAAACUGGACCAGCACUAUCGGAUGCAUGAAUCCGCGGCCAGGAGCGUUCCCCGUAUGAAGGUUCCCACCAAGCCAACGGCCCGUCGGAAAGAUGCCGGGGUGCCGAAACGAUCGACAGCCUCCAGGUUGGCCAAUGUCCGGCUGGCUCCGGACGUGGAGCGGAUUCUGAUUGAGCAGAGCCCGGACCGGAGACCGCUGCUCGAGUUGGAGGCCUCGUUCUCGCUGGAUUCGGCAUCGGAAUCGGAGGUGGAGUCCAGUGGUAGGGUGGGAGCGGUCCUCGAGGGGCAACUGGCCCAGAUCAAGGAUCAAAUUCGCAAGCUGCAGGAACAUACUAGUCAGGGGUAG